UGUCUUAGAGUAGCAGGAAAUUAUUAGUUCACUCUGUGGUCUGAAUUGCUCGUCGUGUGUUUCAAUUUAUAUGGAAUUACGUGUGUUUUGCCAAUAACUCGAGUUUUGAAUGGCGUUCGUCGCUUUCCAAGGGCUGUGCAUUUUUUUCAGAAUUGAAUGUUGUUUUCGUGUGAUUCAAAGGGUUUUCUAAAUCUGUAGAAGACAAAAAUGCAUCAUGUGUUUUGAUAAAUCAAUGAAGUCUAAAAACCAAAGCAUUUUAAUGAUUAGCUAAAAGAGAAAAGCAAACCGUAAAAUAAGUUUUAUAUUAUGCGUCUACUGAGAUAUAAUUUCGUGACAUAAUCAGCAUUGGAAUUGAUGUAAUGACGGGCGAAAUAACCGUCGAAUUCAUUGAACAAUUUACAUAUAUAUUGGAAAGCAAAACUAAACAUAGAAUUUAAUGGUCAAAUGAUACACGUGUAUAUUAUAUUAAUUCCGAAUGCUUCCUUCAAACCGAACGCAAAACCAGGAUUAAGCAAAGUGAUUGUUGGUCCCUCCUCACUGUCGUCGUCGGAAUAAUGAACGGCGAACUGUGUUUGGCGACGUCGGGGAUACAGUAUGACACGAUAAAUAACAACUAUAACCGCUUCAACAAGGGUCGAAGACUCACUAUGGCUACAGGGGCCCCUAACUACAAGAUUAUCCUGUGCGGAGAAUAUGGGGUUGGGAAAAGUUCGCUGUUCAGACGCUUCAUGAACGACACAUUUACGGAGGAACGGGGGAAAAAAUCGUCAAUCGGUUUGGAUCAGGCUAUACAGUGCUUCAGUGUUGCAGGAGAGGAUGUCAAGCUGACGUUAUGGGACACAGGAGGAAUGGAGCGAAUGAGUUUCAUUGGACAAAGUUAUUAUCGAGGAGCACACGCUGCGUUGUUGUGUUACAGUAUGACCAACAAGGAGACGUUUUCCAUUCUGUCACAGUAUAUCCUCGACAUUGUUAUGAAUGCUGAAGGUGCUAAAAUAUUCCUUUGCGGAAACUUUGCUGAUUGUGAAAGUGACGAUCGCGUUAAUGAGACGGAUAUUGAGAAUUUUACCCGUGAGUGUGGUAACGUGUUAUCAGGCUCGUAUCAAGUCUCGUGUAAAGAUCGGACUGGUGUGACUGAAAUGUUUAGAGAUAUGGCGCGAGUUUUGCAUCGGGAAAACACCAAGAAGAUGACUAUGAGAAAUGACCUUAUUCGUCCAGGGGAAACGCAGGAAUUGACAGAGGAUCACAAAAGAAAAUGUUGUACGUCCUCCUGAUCUGUUUUAUAUGCCUUAUGACAUUGAAUGCAAUCUUUUCAUAUCAUAUAUUUAAAGCACUAUUAUAAGCUUGUUUGUGUUUUGAAGAAAACAAAUGUUGAUGUAUUGGCAUUAUAUAAGCCUUUGCAUGUUGCCAGGGCCUAUUCACACGUGUAUAGUAAGGGUCUGCUUUGGCAUAAAUAUUUAGAGUUAUGCCCCUUGUUUGACUGCGAAACAGGAACAGACAGUGGAUGCAUGGUGUUCGCUCUGUGGCACACUUGUUCAGUGUGUGUAUACCAUAUGAUAAAUUACUAUUCAUUGACAAUUUUAAAUGAUACAUAGCCAGUCUAAGCCUCAUAAAAAGCCUCGUCUUUUAUUAGAGUUCAAUUUAGAGUUUAGUUUCCUAAACACUUUGACAAACCUUUUCACAAAACCGCCGCCUGAUGGAACACUGUCAAAACAUUCUUUUGGAAACAGGUUUGUCAAAGUGUUUGAGAAAACUAAUCACCUAAGCAAUCACUGGAAAUGAAAGAAAGGCAGGGCUCUUAAAGCAGCAUAGACUGCCCUUUGUUUCAUUUUAAAUGGUGAAGAAAAAGAAAUGUUAUCUUUGUAAAAUCAUCACUCGUAGCAAAAUGGUGCCUUCCGACAUAGCAUUUAUGACGUACCAAGGAAUUAUUCAUGUGAUAUACACACACUGUUGUUGAUAUUUAUUUUUGAUAUUACAAUUUUGAAUCUCUGCAAAAGAAUGAUUUAUAUGAAAUGUCAAUAUUCGUAAUAAAUUUGAAUUUUGAUUUAUUUCUUAGUUUAAGUGAAACUUCCUUGUCUGCAUCCAGUACAGAAAAUAUUUUUGUUUCUAUUUGUAAUAGCUAUAUUGCAUGUAAAUCUAUACAAAAGUGCUUCGUUUGUACCAUUUUAAUCACACUGUUUAUAUAUUCAGGGUUUUUUCACAUAUAUUCAGGAAAUUAUUUAAAAAGAUCUCUCAAAUAUGUAAGAUUUGUAUUGCAGAUGAAUCAUUUUGCUAAAUUUUGGAACAAAACAUAAAGCCUACUCCUAUAUUUGAACAUGUAGUACAUCUGUUAUGUGAAAUUCAUUUAAAUACCCUUCAUUGUUUUGUUUUUGUGUUUGUUUGUUUUUGAGAAGUAAACGAUUUUCGAACAAUAAGAAUUGCACUUGUUACAUCUAGUGAUCUAAUUUUAUUAAGUUUUUGACAGAUGAUUUUUUUUCAACUGAAACAUUAUUGUAGCUUUGUUAGACUUUUAAGUAAAAUUAAAAUAGCAUAUUGUUUAGGCCAAGUAAAAUAUCGCAAUGUUAAGGCCAAGUAAAAUAACACAAUGUUUAUUGGGCCAAGUAAAAUAUCACAAUGUUUAGGCCUAGUGAAGCAAUGUUGAGGCCAAGUAAAAUAACACAAAGUUUAUUAGGCCAAGUAAAAUAACACAAUGUUUAUUAGGCCAAGUAAAAUAUCACAAUGUUGAGGCCAAGUAAAAUAACACAAUGUUUAUUGGGCCAAGUUAAAUAUCACAAUGUUUAGGCCUAGUGAAGCAAUGUUGAGGCCAAGUAAAAUAACACAAUGUUUAUUAGGCCAAGUAAAAUAUCACAAUGUUGAGGCCAAGUAAAGUAACACAAUGUUUAUUAGGCCAAGUUAAAUAUCACAAUGCCUAGUGAAACAAUGUUGAGGCCAAGUAAAAUAAAACAAUGUUGAGGCCAAGUAAAAUAACACAAUGUUUAAUUAUGGUCUGAGUAUCAUUAUGUAUUAUAACACUUCUUUUAUUUCUUUCAGAAAGAUCAACAUUUGAUAUGGAAGCCGAGACCUGGAAAGACAUAACAUUGCCAUUUUGUAAAAUAAAAAAUAAAAAAAUAUAUACUCCUGCAAUCUAUACAUAAUAGCAUAACUGCAUGGCAUAAUUUUUUAUAAAAUUAUUACUAUUUUACAAUAUAUUAUCAGUUUUCUCGACUUGCAGUGUGUCCUUUGCAGCUUUAAAAUAUAACCUACAUUUUCAGCCAAUGAAAAUUGGAGAUAUGCAAUCAUUAAGUACUAGGCUUAGUCAUUGAGAAUUUCAACUUUUAAAAAGUCCACCUACUGCCACUCAUUGAUACACACACCCUGUGUCAGAUUUUGCGCUGACACUGCGUCAGGCAAUGAGGUUGUAUUCGAAGUCAAAUAGACGCCCUGAAGUAAAAAAUAUAUGAUUAAGUAGGGCUCAUUCACUAUGCUCACUCCACCCAUUCUUAAUAAUUAAGAUUUAACUUCAUAUCAUCAAACUAUUACGAAACGUGGUAAUAUUAAAACCUUUUUCAAAUUUGGUAUAAAGAAUAUUACACUCUGAAUAUAUUUCAUAAACUAAAUAAUUCAUAAUGGCAUGUUUGUCUUUUCCAGAGCUUGAUUGCUUAUGAAAUGUAACACAACUUUGAUUGUAUUAGGCCAAUAUAAGUUUAUUGCUAGAUUUUCAUCCAAAUUAUUUUCAGAUGGGGGUGGGGUUGAUAUUUUAUUUUUUAUUUUUCUUAGAUGACUGUUUCACCAUUGAAUAUGUGUUCAUGCUGUUUCUUAUUGCAUAAGGGACCAUAUACAUGUAUUUCUAGAUGAACCACGAAAACCAUUGUUACAAUUUUCCUUUUUUUUACAAGUGAAUGUUAUACAUUGACACCGUAAUAAAGUACGUAAUAGUAAUAGUAAUAAUAGUAAUAGUAAUAAUAGUAAUAGUAAUAAUAGUAAUAGUAAUAAUAGUAAUAGUAAUAAUAGUAAUAGUAAUAAACACGGUUCCCAUACAGUACUGGACCGAUGCGAAAAAACAGACCCUAGUUCAAUGUUUCUAUUUGAGUCAAUAAAAUGUAAGGGGUGGCAGAAAAAUAAGGGGGCGGGCAGGGAUGAACAUAUUGCAACAAAUUUAUAGUGGCCUUCCUGAGAUGACAAUAAUACUGAAGUAUAUUUUAGAAUUUUAAAUUAUAUUGACUUGCUUCAUCUAUGUAUGGCCAUUUGUCUUUCUCCAAGAUUAGUAUUGUAAACAAAAUGUACCUAUUUUCUGUUCUUCGAAUAUAACAAAAAGACUGAUUUGUUUGUAACAUUGAAUGUACAUUUAAUGAAUUUUAAUUUUCGUUCUGUGAAAGUGCAGUUGAAAUGACGAUUCAUUUUAAUACUGUUUUUAAAAGACUAAAAAUGAAAGUUAAGAACAGUUUAAAAGUUGUGUAUAUUUUAAAUAAAUGAAGUUUUAAAAUGAGAUUUUACAUAAGAUAUGCUUUGUUCAUUUAUGUGAGUUUUGGUUGGUGGUGACCUCAUACCAUUUUUGUGUGUACUGUUUAGACUAAGAACAUUUGAUAAUUCGAAAAAAAAAUCACCUUAAAAUAAUGCAAAAUGGGUUAUUUCUACUAUUCGAAUUCAGUUGAAAUAAAGAACGAAAAACAAACUUCAAUUACUUUAUCUAUAAUGAUUCUUAUGUCAUUAUUUUUCCAAAUUAUUUAUCAGUAAAUAAAACCUUUCAAAUGAAAGCUAUGAGGGGUCACCUGGCAUCAAAAUUUAACAUUAAAGCUGCACUUUGGCAGAUUGAUCGUUUUGACAACUUUUCAAGUUUUUGUCUUGGAAUGAGCCAAAUUUUGUGAAAUGUCUGAAAAAUGAUGAUAUUAGACUGAUGAUCAAAGAUGAGAUCGCAGUUAUUAAUAUUUACGCUCGAAAAUUAAUGUUUUACGGCUUAAAGCGAUACUAAGGCUUUAAGAAAAAUGAAAAUUUCGGCAGUUUACCAAACAAUUGAGAUCUGUUCUAUUAUGAGUUAUUUUAUAUGACUGAUUUGAAAACACUGAUGCCAAAAUCAGCUGGUUCCGAGGCAAAAUAUGAAAAAGUUGUCAAUUCGGUAAAUCUGUUAGAGUGCAGCUUUAAAUGACAAGCUUAUUUUUACAUCAGAUACCUUAAAAUCAGCCAGAUGGGUGAGAAUCUUUAGAGAAUAUCAUACAAUUAUUUACUUACUUUCUGGGAAAUAUGCUGUCAUAUUGACCAAAAAAUCAUUUUGACCCAGCCUGAGGUCAAUAAUAAUUUUGUGAUCAAUAUGAACUGUAUAUUUCCCAGCUUAUAUUAAGUAAAUAACUGUUCUAUUACAUGAUACUGCAUGAUAUAUAAUGACGUCAUAUGAUAAACUGUUUUCGGUCUAUAAAUAGACAGGUCAAUAUGGCGUUUUAUUCUGUCUUUGAAACUUGCUCUUUGUCCAAUCAUGGAUGGUUCAUUUUUUAGAUGAUGUAAUUUUUUAAUCAUUAACUUUUUUUUUAACUUAUUUGCUUUUAAAAAUUAUUUUUAAUAACAAUAUAAUGCAAAAUUAAUACAACUACCAUGAUGUAUGUAUUUUUCUUAUACUAUCAGUAUUUAACAGGUCUCAAUCAUAAAUCUACCAUAUCGCAAACAAAAAUGACCAGUUCAUAUAUUUAUUGUCUUGUUUUUUAUGUGAUUAUAUGUCUCAUAGCAUUUUAAACAUUAAUAAUUCAUAUAUAAUAUAUGCAUUUAACUUCUCAUUCCAUCAUAUAGUGUUUUUUUAAUACAUGUGAUUGAAAAUAAAAUGUUUGCCUUAUA